AUGACACUCCGAGUACUGAUACUGCAGUGGUUAGCGUGUCUUCUCCUAGCUAGUAUCUCUGGGGUUUCCUCGGCAGACAACCCUAUCCUGUUAAGCAAAAGCUUUGGUGGUAUUCGUGGCACAAAGUUCUCUGAUAAAGCCUCAGUCACCGCCGGAGAAGUAGUGGAGUCCGUCACAAUUUAUGCAGGUAAACGCGCCGUUUACGGCAUUUCGUUGAAUGUUACAAGACCGACGCCAACGUCGCUGCGUCAUGGAAAGCCAAGUGGAACCAAGAGCGAGCUCGUGCUUGCUGCGAAGGAAUACAUCACGUCGAUGGAGGCUCAUUGGGGUAGUGCACUUAACCGGACGCACAUCGUCUAUCUUCGCUUCAACACCAGUGAUGGUAACUCGAUCUCUGUUGGAACCAAGGCGAAGAGUAGAAACACAGUGAGGGCGCCCAAGGGUUUCCAACUGGGAGGAUUUUUCGGCUUGAGUGGCAAGACGAUCGUUAAAUUGGGAGCGAUAUGGACUCGGAUUUCGGCAAAAGCUGCAACUUCCAGCAGAUUAGCAACCUCGACGACAUCCGAUGCCUCCGAAUCGAGUUCAGCCGUAGUGACCGAUGGAUCAAAGUCAUCAAGUGCCUCCGAGUUGGCAUCGCUAGCGGCGUCUAAUUCUGCCUCCGCGUCCGAGUCAUCUGAUGUCUCCGAAUCGAGUUCAGCUACAUUGUCCGGUGAAUCGUCCAGAUCAAAGGCGUCAAGUUCCUCUGAGUUGGCAUCGAUAGCGGCGUCUAGUUCCACCCCCAACUCUGAGUCAUCUGAUGUCUCCGAAUCGAGUUCAGGCCCAUUGUCCGACGAAUCCUCCGGGUUAAAGUCGUCAAGUACCUCCGAGUUGGCGUCUAACGCAGACUCCGACUCAUCGGCCGAGUCGGCUUCAGAGGCAACUUCCGCAUCCGAGUCGAGUUCAACCGCAGUGGCCGAUGAAUCAAAGUCAUCAAGUUCUACCGAGUUGGCAUCGUUAGCUGCGUCUAAUUCAGCCCCCACCUCCGAAACGGGGUCAGGAGAUUUUGAAUCACAGUCGACAGAUAUCUCCGCUUCAGCGGAUGCUGCAGUGGUGUCGAUGGGGGGAUCAGCAACAAGCUCAACGGCAGCUUCCCUUGCCGAAUCUAAAGAGGGGUCUGGCGAAGCUCCAGCUCAGGACCCCGUACAGUUGAGCGAGAGUUUUGGCGGUCCUCAUGGAAAGGAGUUCUCGGAUCAAGCCUCGGUUGUGGCAGGACAAACGAUCGGGUCGAUUACAAUUCGUGCGGGUGAACGCGUCGAUGGCAUUUCUUUAGAAGUGGCAGGGCCAAAAGCAAUCACCUUCAACCACGGUGGAGCAGGUGGAAAGGAAAACACGUUGAAGCUCGCGAAGGACGAAUUCAUUACGACUAUGGAGGUUCAUUGGGCCGAGAAGAAAGGUCGAACGCGGAUUUUCUACUUGAGUUUUGGUACGAGCGCUGGGAACACGGUGUCGGCAGGUUCUCAGACAGAGAGCAAGAACACGGUCACGGCACCGGAAGGCUUUCAACUUGGAGGUUUUUUCGGCCAGGACGGCGAUGAAAUUGACAAGCUGGGUGCGAUUUGGACGCGUAUAUCGGCCGAAGCUCCGGCGACGGAAGCCCCUGCUCCUGCAUCUGCAGCCGCAUCGGGUAGUGGAGUCCCUGCUGCCGAGUCAACGUCAGGUUCUGCAACUGAUUCGGCACUUGCUUCAACGGAUUCUGCUGGUUCUGAAGCCCCCACCACGAAGAAGAGAAAAAGGACAGUAGAUGCCUCUGCAGUCGGGUCCAUCGAUGACUCUUUCGGUGCCUCAGGUUCUGCUGAAGCCCCCGCAGCGAAGGCGUCAGCAGCAUCUACUGACGAUUCUGGAGUCGGGUCUACCAAAAGCUCAGCGGAAGGAUCAGGAGCUGAGCCAGCCAUGACCAUUGAGGAUUCCAUUCAACUAAGUGAACGCUUUGGCGGCCCACACGGUACAAACUUCUCGGACCAGAACUUUGUCAAUUCUGGGCAAACUGUCAGCUCCAUUUCGAUUCAUGCGGGUGAACGUCUCGACGGUAUCACGUUGGAAAUCUCGGCACCCAAGACGUUCACUUUCACCCACGGAGGAACGGGUGGUGACCAGAAAACUCUCAAACUUGAAAAGGACGAGUACAUUACGUCGAUGGAAGUGCACUGGAGUAAGCACACGGCUGGCACAAUUGUUACGAAGGACAAGACGCGCAUUUUCUACGUUAAAUUUCUCACAAACUUGGGCAAUUCACUUGCUGGGGGAUCCACGACAGAGCAGAAGACUACGGUCACUGCUCCUAAGGGUUUCCAGCUCGCUGGGUUCUUUGGUACUUGGGCAAUUCACUUGCUGGGGGAUCCACGACAGAGCAGAAGACUACGGUCACUGCUCCUAAGGGUUUCCAGCUCGCUGGGUUCUUUGGUAGUGAGGGGAAGGAGAUCGAUUCCCUUGGAGCGAUUUGGGCUUAUAUUGAGCUCGUUAAGCCUCCUCCAACGUCUGCUCCAGCCCUGA